AUGUUAUUUUCUUUUAAAUUCUUAAAAUAUAAGAGAAAAGAAUUUUUUAAAGUUAGAUUUUUUUCUCGUUCAUCAAAAAUUGUUAAUGAAAAUGAUAUAAAAUUAAUAAAAGAAAUUGAAGGUUUUGCUCUUAUGAACAAACCACUUUUUCCUGGACUUUCUUAUGUUUUGAACUGUGAUAAAAGUAUUAUAAAAAAUUUGGAAAAUUAUGAAAAGAAAAAAAUAUAUAUUGGUCUUUUUUUUAGUAGAAAAGCAGAAAAAGAAGAAACGUUCGAUUUAUUUAGUGAUGGAGAACUUAAUGAAAGUAUUUCUUUAAAAAAUAAAAAAAAUGAACAAGAAACGAGUAAAUUUAUAAGGAAAGAUAUUGACUAUAUCCAUAAUUUAAGUGAUGUUUAUAGUUAUGGAUGUAUUGGUUUAAUUAAACAAGUUAUUUAUGAUGAAAGUACAAAUAACGAAAUACACACUAAUAAAGAUAAUAUAGUUAACAGUAGAAUAAAGAACAAUAGAGAUAACAGUAGUAUUAAUAAUAAUUUAAGUUACAAUAAUAACGUAAAUAAUGAUAGUAUAAAUAAUGGCAGAAAUUUUAUUUUCAAUAAAUUUAACAAUAUAUGUAGAAUUAUUGUUGAAUUAUUAGAAAAAAUAAAAAUAAAAAAUUGGAAUGAAAAUAAUAUGAUAGAAUUUGAUGUAAUAAAGCCUGAAAGAUACGAUAUAAAUAAUAAGAACAUAAAAAUAUAUCAUAUAGAAAUUAUAAAUAAAAUAAAAGAAAUAAUAAACAUGAAUAGUAUAAAUAAUUAUGAAUAUAAUUUAUUAUUAAAAUAUUUCAAUAUUAAGAAUAUAAAUAGUUUAGUGAAUUUUAUAGGUAAUAUAACAAUAAAUAAAAAUAGCACAAUUCAAGAUAUGUUUGAAAGUAAUAAUAUAGAAGAAAAAUUAAAAAAAUGUUUACAUUUAUUAAAUGAAGAUAUUUUUAUGUUAAAAAUGAAAAAAGAAUUAACUAGUGAUUUAAAUGAAAAAUUUGCAAAAGAAAAAAAAGAAUUGAUAAUAAAAGAAUAUAUUAAUAGUUUAAAAAAUAAAAUUCGUCAAAAAAGUGAUCAUGAGGUUCUAUGCGAAAACUUUUUAAAUAAAUUUAAUACUAUAAAAAAAUAUUUAAAUAGUGAAGCUAAUAUAAUUAUUUCUCGAGAGAUUAAUAAAUUUUUAUUAUAUAACGAAAAUUGUAAUGAUUAUUCAUCUACUUAUCAGUAUUUGAAUACUGUUUUAAGUAUUCCCUACAAUAAAUAUCAACCAUUAAAUGAAGAUAUAAAUAAGUGUGAAAUUUUAUUAAAUAAAAGUCAUCAUGGAUUAAAUGAUGUUAAAAAGUAUAUACUUGAAUAUUUAUGUACAUAUAUAUUAAAUAAAAAUGUGAAACCCAAAAUACUUUUAUUAGUUGGUUAUCCAGGUACCGGGAAAACUUCUAUUUGUAAAUCUAUUAGUAAAUGUUUGAAUAUUCCAUAUUAUGUAAUAAAUAUGAAUAAUAUAAAUAAUAUGAAUGAAUUAAUUGGUCAUAGAAAAACUUAUGUGAAUAGUUAUGAAGGAAAAAUAGUACAAUCAUUAAUAUCAACCAAUGUUAUGAAUCCACUAAUUAUACUGGAUGAAUUUGAUAAAGUUUCUUAUGUAAAUACCAAUAUUUAUAAUACUUUUUUAAAUAUUUUUGAUACUAAUCAAAACAAAUUAUUUAAAGAUCAAUAUAUAAAUAUUUCUAUUGAUAUUUCUAACAUUUUUUUUAUUUGUACUGCUAAUACAGUAGAAAAUAUUCCUGAUGUUUUAUUAGACAGAAUGGAGAUAAUAAAUAUAUAUCCUUACACUAAUAUAGAAAAAGUUCAUAUUUUCAAAAAUUAUUUAAAAAAAAAAAUAGAAUUGGAAACAAAAAUUACAGACAGAUAUUUACAUAUAUCAGAUGAAUUUUUAUUAUAUAUUAUUUAUAAUUAUACUAAUGAAAAUGGGUUAAGACAAUUUUACAAUGUAAUUUAUAAUAUUUAUAAAAGAAGGGCAUAUAUGCUAUUAAAAGGAAAUACAAAAGAAAUUAGUAUAACAUUAAAUAAUUUAAAUCAUUUUAUAAAUUUGGAUUCUAUUAAGAAUAAGAAAAGUAAAGAAAAUCACAAUUUUGAAGGUACGUUAAAAUCAUUAGCUUUUACUGAUAGUGGUGGUCAAGUAGUUAUAAUAGAAGUGUCAAGUUUAGCAAAUAACUUUUUAUCAAAAAGUUGUUUUCCUAAUUAUAAAACAAGUUAUAAAAAUUAUGAUCAAUUUCAAAGUAAAUAUAAUGAACAUCACCAUUGUAAUAUGGAAAAUUAUAAUAAUAAAAGCGAUAUAAAAGAUAAUAAUAUUGAAAAUUAUAAUAAUAAUAACACAUGUUAUAAUAUCAGAAAUAAUAAUUACGAAUGUCUUAAUAAUGAAUAUUGCAACAUCAAUAAUAAUAAUUCUUUAACGAAAGAAAGAUAUGAAAAAAAUGAUUUACCAUUUUCUAUAUUAGGUAGUGAUUUAUCUUUAAUUGAUAAAAAUGAAAUAAGUAAAAACAAUUUUUAUAAUUUAUCAGCCAUGAAAAAUCCAUUAUCAUCUUCAGGCUAUAACUGUGAUAAGGAAAAUAUGCGCGAGAUGUUGGCUAAAGAUGGCAAUGAAUUUAAAAAUAUUAAUCAAGGUACAUAUCUUUAUGAAAACAAUUCUUUUUCACUUAAAGAAGAUAAAUAUUUCUAUAGUAAUGGAUACAAUAAAAAAGAUGAUGUGGAUUUUAAUAAUAAAAAUAGAUUUAAAAAAAUCAAUUUUAAUACUAAUAUUAUAAUAACUGGAAAUGUUGGUAAAAUAAUGCAAGAAAGUAUAAUAAUCGCAAAUACAUAUUCCAUUAAUUUACUCAAUCAAAUUAUUCCAAAUUUUCAAAGUGAUUAUUUGCAUAUAAACUUAAGUGAAUGUGAUAUAAAAAAAGACGGACCAAGUGCAGGUGUAAAUUUUGUUACAUCGAUUUUAUCAUAUUACUUGAAAAUAGCAGUAGAUAAUUCUUUAUGUAUGACUGGUGAAAUAAGUUUAAACGGAUGUAUUUUAAAAAUAGGAGGAUUAAUAGAAAAAGUUAUUGUAGCUAAAAAUCAUGGAAUACGUACUUUAAUAAUACCUAGAGAUAAUGCUCAUGAAUAUGAAUUAUUACCAAACCAUAUUAAAGAAAACAUGAAUGUUUUAUAUGUUUAUCACUAUUACCAAAUUUUUAAUAUGCUUUUUAAUAAAUAUAAUGAGUAUAAAUACUAG